UCAGGGCGGACGCCUGAGGAGUGCUGGAUGCGUUUGGAUGAUGGAUCCGCCGACGCUGAGGUUCUGUGCAGGAGCAGGAGAAACUUUUAGGGAUGUAUUCGAGAAAGUAUGUACCCUAAGGAACUUUGAAUUUUGAAGUUUUAAGUGUGAGAAACUACAGCCUUGCCCUAUUCAAAGAUGGCGGCGCAGCUUUUCUGAAGGUUUCGUUUUAGUGCGUCAGCCAGAGAAGCGCUCUUUGAUUGGCUAGAAUAUGGCGCUGUGGAGUGACGUCGUAGAUCGCUGACCAAUCGACUGUGAGCUGAGGUGGACUUGGCGGUGGUAGCCGGAGCCGAGCUCUGGUGUCCGUGGGGCGCGGAAGGCUCGGUCCUAGUUUCCUUUUAGGCCAUGGCAACAUAUCUGGAGUUCAUUCAGCAGAAUGAAGAACGAGAUGGUGUGCGUUUCAGUUGGAAUGUGUGGCCUUCUAGCCGCCUUGAAGCCACAAGAAUGGUUGUUCCCUUGGCUUGUCUCCUCACUCCUUUAAAGGAACGCCCAGACCUACCUCCUGUACAGUAUGAACCUGUGCUUUGCAGCAGGCCAACCUGCAAAGCUGUUCUCAAUCCACUUUGUCAAGUUGAUUAUCGAGCAAAACUUUGGGCUUGCAAUUUUUGUUUUCAAAGAAAUCAGUUCCCUCCAGCAUAUACAGGCAUAUCUGAGGUGAAUCAGCCUGCUGAAUUGAUGCCUCAGUUUUCAACAAUCGAGUACAUGAUCCAGCGAGGUGCUCGAUCCCCUCUGAUUUUCCUCUAUGUGGUUGACACAUGUUUGGAGGAAGAUGACCUUCAAGCACUCAAAGAGUCCCUGCAAAUGUCCUUGAGUCUCCUUCCUCCAGAUGCUCUAGUUGGUCUUAUCACCUUUGGGAGGAUGGUGCAGGUUCACGAGCUAAGCUGUGAAGGAAUCUCCAAGAGUUAUGUGUUCCGAGGGACCAAGGAUUUAACUGCAAAGCAAAUACAGGAUAUGUUGGGCCUGACCAAGUCUGCUAUGCCCAUGCAGCAAGCAAGGCCUGCUCAACCUCAGGAGCAGCCCUUUGUUUCUAGCAGAUUUCUGCAGCCUGUUCAUAAGAUUGACAUGAAUCUCACAGAUCUUCUUGGGGAGCUGCAGAGGGACCCAUGGCCAGUUACUCAGGGGAAGAGACCUUUGCGAUCCACUGGCGUUGCUUUGUCCAUUGCUGUUGGCUUGUUGGAGGGUACUUUUCCAAAUACUGGAGCCAGGAUCAUGCUGUUCACUGGAGGCCCUCCUACCCAAGGACCUGGCAUGGUGGUUGGAGAUGAAUUGAAGACUCCUAUUCGUUCCUGGCAUGAUAUUGAGAAAGAUAACGCACGAUUCAUGAAAAAGGCAACCAAGCAUUAUGAGAUGCUUGCUAAUCGAACUGCUGCAAAUGGUCACUGCAUUGAUAUUUAUGCUUGUGCUCUUGAUCAAACUGGACUUCUGGAGAUGAAAUGCUGCCCAAAUCUUACAGGAGGCCACAUGGUGAUGGGAGAUUCUUUCAACACUUCUCUUUUCAAGCAGACAUUCCAAAGAAUUUUUAGUAAAGACUUCAAUGGAGAUUUCAGAAUGGCCUUUGGUGCUACAUUGGAAGUAAAGACCUCUCGGGAACUGAAGAUUGCAGGAGCCAUUGGUCCGUGUGUAUCUCUGAAUGUGAAAGGACCGUGUGUGUCAGAAAAUGAACUUGGUGUUGGUGGCACAAGUCAGUGGAAAAUCUGUGGCCUGGAUCCCACGUCUACUCUUGGCAUCUACUUUGAAGUUGUCAAUCAGCACAAUGCCCCGAUUCCCCAGGGAGGCAGAGGUGCCAUCCAGUUCGUCACGCAGUACCAGCAUUCCAGCACUCAGAAACGCAUCCGAGUGACCACCAUUGCCCGCAAUUGGGCAGAUGCACAGAGUCAGCUGAGGCACAUAGAAGCAGCGUUUGACCAGGAGGCUGCAGCAGUCUUGAUGGCACGGCUUGGAGUGUUCCGGGCAGAAUCAGAGGAGGGCCCUGAUGUGCUCCGGUGGCUGGAUCGACAACUCAUCCGACUGUGUCAGAAGUUUGGGCAGUAUAACAAAGAAGACCCAACGUCUUUCAGAUUGUCAGACUCCUUUUCUCUGUAUCCUCAGUUUAUGUUCCAUCUGAGAAGAUCUCCAUUUCUUCAAGUGUUUAACAACAGUCCUGAUGAGUCAUCCUAUUAUAGACACCAUUUUGCCAGACAGGAUCUGACCCAGUCCCUCAUCAUGAUCCAGCCCAUUCUCUAUUCUUAUUCCUUCCAUGGACCACCAGAGCCUGUACUCCUGGACAGCAGCAGCAUUCUAGCUGACCGAAUUCUGCUGAUGGAUACUUUCUUCCAAAUUGUCAUUUAUCUCGGGGAGACCAUAGCCCAGUGGCGGAAAGCUGGGUAUCAGGACAUGCCUGAGUAUGAAAACUUCAAGCACCUUCUGCAGGCGCCACUGGAUGAUGCACAAGAAAUUCUGCAAGCACGCUUCCCAAUGCCACGUUAUAUCAACACGGAGCAUGGUGGCAGUCAGGCUCGAUUCCUGCUCUCUAAAGUAAAUCCAUCUCAGACACACAAUAACUUGUAUGCUUGGGGACAGGAAACCGGAGCGCCCAUCCUGACGGACGAUGUCAGCCUACAGGUGUUCAUGGAUCACUUGAAGAAGCUGGCUGUGUCUAGUGCCUCUUAAACUAACAGUGCAGCCUGGAAGGUCAAGACAGCACUGUCAGACUAUGCUCACACUGUUGAUAUUACCUUAGCAACAUUCCUUUCACAUUUCUGGAAGAUUCUAAUAAAUAACUCAAGGAAUUUUUUUAUAUGUAUGUCUUCAGGUCAUAAUAUGUCUUCAGGUUAUAAUUUAUUUGUAGUCCUUCUCUCCCUUUUUUCCUACACAUGAAUUUAUAUAAGGUCAUAAAUGUUCUGCUAAUUGUAGAUGUUUACUUACUUUUUGUGCCUUAAUGUUUUAUUAGAGUCUUUAUAAAAUCAGAGUUUAUGUAUUUUUGACUGCUUGUUUAAGUGAGCCUUAAUGAUCAUAAAGGAAAUAAAUCUGGAUAAGAUAAGAAGAUUAUUGGCCAAAAUGACACUAAUGCAGAUUCAUUCUCUCUCUGUCUCUCUGUCUCUGUCUCUCUGUCUCUGUCUCUCUGUCUCUGUCUCUCUGUCUCUGUCUCUCUGUCUCUCUCUGUAUGUGUGUGUGCGCGCGCACACGCUGGUGUUCCUCAAGGGCUAUUUUCUGAUCUUGAUCUUCGUCAUCUAAAUGUUACGGAACUGGAGAAUAGUAUGAAAUGUGUCAAGCGAGAUCUUUGUCGCAUGGUUUACAGGGCACCUCCCUGAUUCACUGGUAAUUAUCAUGGCAACAGUCCUGCCCAGGUGGACUUCAGGAAUUGCCGAUGGGUCUAAGAGGCCUCAACAGAGUAAUGACACAUUUAUCCUGGACACCAAACAGCCUACCUAGAAUGAGUACUGUUUUUCAAUCAAAAUUUUACAGAUAUAUGUGUAUAUAUGCUUCUAUAUAUGUGUGUGCCAUACAUAUUUACAUGUCAAAACAAAACAAAGUCUUUAUCCUAAAGAGUUUAUGCUAAAUAAAUUCCCUCCAUUUCUUAAACCCAGGCCAGUUCUCAAAAGUAACCAUGUGUAACCUUAUCUUCCAUGUGUUUUGUUGGUGAUGUGUUUAUUUUUUAGCUUAUGCUAAAUAAAUUCCCUCCAUUUCUUAAACCCAGGCCAGUUCCUCAUAAGUAACCAUGUGUAACCUUCUCUUCCAUGUGUUUUGUUUUGUUGGUGAUGUAUUUGUUUUUAGCCACUGUCUUUCAGUUCCUGCUUUUGUUCUGUAAGGAAGUUAAGAAAUCCCUCCAUACCCUCCAGUUUUUGUUAGCUGUACUUUUACUUUUAUAUUAUCAACACUUAUAUAAUGUGUAUUCUAACCUAGAGCCAUAAUUUUAAUUUUCAUGUAGGAGUUGAUUGUAAAAACUAAAGGAAGCAUUUGUCCAGUUGUGAUGAUGUAAAUAGUGUUCAUGUUGGAACCAGGUAGUAAUGUUAAACCCCUCAUUCCUGCAGGGGUUUAAUGUCAGUCAUUUCUCAUGCCACAUGAAGGAAAAUGUUCCAGAUGAUGAAAGACACAGAGAGAGAGAUACAGACAGAUGGAGAGACAGACAGAGAGAGCACCUACAAGCUUGCUCAUGGAGAUUAGGGGACAUUGUGCAUGAGGUGGUUCUCUCCUUCCACCUUGUUGAGUCCCAGGAAUAAAACUCAGGCCAUCAGUCUUGGCAACAAGUGCCUUUACCUACUGAGCCAUCUUGCCAGCUCCAAAGGAAAGAAGAAAGUGAGUCCUAAGUGCAAACUAAAAUAGUACUAUGAAUUGGAUGUUAGGCCACCUGGACUGAUUAUAGUUGUCCACCUUUUGAGUUCAUAUUUGUGCCCCUUUGUCUCUGCUCUGUGCUUUAGAAGCAUUUACUAUGUAACAGUAUAUUUUAGAUGAAAGAGUUUACAUAGUAUUUCAUGUAAUUUUCAAUUGAGACACAUCUUGUAGAAGAGUAUAUAAAACUGUAAGUAGAUUGAAACUAAAAUUUCCUUAUUGUACCUAUCUGUUACAAAUUAACAGAAGAAAUCAUAUGAUAAUCUCAGCUUGGCCAGGUAUCUCUCCAGUGAAGUGAGAGGAGAGCACUACAGAGUGACUGCUGAUGAAGAGGAUAUGGCCAGACAGUUCAAUGCUCUCUCUUAGUGGCUGCCACUGAGCCCAGUGCACCUCAUGAAGACCCUGAGCUCUAUUUGAUAUCGAAGCAGGCCCCUGACUUACCUCAGGCAGGGGCUGAAAUGGUCAGCUGAGGUUGAAAAACUAGGACUUGAAUGGCAGGGAGGAUGGGACAGAAGAGUGUUCAGAGGUGAUGGCUGAGGUAUCAGACAAGGAGGGGUCAGUAUAAUCCUUGCCUUAGUUAAGUAGCAGAAAGAGAAUGCUUGAGUGUAGCAUUCAUAAGUUCACCUCUGAACAUUUUAAGGAGCUUGUGUGAUGUACACACUAGUAGUGUUCAGCCGGCUGACAGUCUGUGGGUCUGUGUACCGUGAGCAGAGGCUCUGGAGAGACUACAAGGCCACUGAACCUAUAAAGUAGGCAAGUGUGAAAUAAUACAAUUAUUUACAACUGCAUUGAGAUGUAUUUUGCAUUCAAUAAGUUUACCCAGUUAAGUAUACAAUCUGUCUUACUAGAUGAAACCUACAUGUUGGCCAUAGACUACUGACCAGCUUUCCUCCUCUAUUUAUCAGUUUGAUUUUAGGUUUUAUACCUGAUUGCCUUUCAUUUACCCUGAUCCAUCUGAGAUUGAUAUAUGUUGCCAAGUGGUAUAUAACUUUUUGCCUAUCUUUACUCAGAUAUUUCAUUUCUACUUUUGUUACUGUGAAUAAAAUAUGUAUGAAUGCUGUG